AUGGCCUCCAUCUUUCAAAACGCAUUCUACAUCGGCAACAACUUCAAUACUAUAUUCUAUGGCAUUGAACUCGCGGUGUAUGUGCUAACAAUUCGAGCGCUGCGCCAUCCUGGACGCCGAUCUUCAAGCAUGGGCGACAUGUUCCUUGUCCUGUUCAGCACCGUUCUACUCCUACUAAACACAAUAUUUGUCGCUACGGAGGCCGUCUUCGGCGAGGAGAUGUGGAUCGUGAAUGCGGAUUAUCCCGGCGGCCAGAACGCGUACCUCGUCGAUUUCGCGUCGGUGUGGUAUCAGACAUUCGGCACCGCGGCGUCGAUAUUGCUAAACCUGCUGAGUGACGCGUUCUUGAUAUACCGGUGCUACAUCGUCUGGGCAGACUUGCGCAUUAUCCUCUUUCCGAGCGUCCUCUACCUCGCCACCUUCGCCCUAGGAAUUGCACAGCUCGUCGCCUCCGGCAUUCCGCACGCAGACUACUUCGCCGGAUUCGCGCAAAAGCUCGGCACGGCAUACACGAGCACGAUCAUUGCGCUCGAGAUCAUCGUCACCGCGCUCAUCUACGCCCGCCUCCUCCGCCUCGCGCGCACCUGCGGCAGCAGCGCGGCCGCGCGCAGGUACACGAGCGGCGCUGCGAUCUUCAUCGAGUCGAUGGCGCUGAGCACGCUGUGCGGGAUCGCAUACCUCGUGCCGUACGCGAUGGGCAGCGACAUUUCGAUCUUCUUUCUCAGCGUAUAUGUGAUGAGCACGUGCCUCGCUCCCAUGUUAAUCAUCUUGCGCAUGACGUCCGGACGCGCAUGGACACGCCAUACGACCGUCACGAUCUUCACGACUACCUCGGGCUCCGAGUACCCUACGGCUACGGACACGGCGCGCACGUUGGGCGGCGACGCCACUACUACUGCGAUCGGAAAAGACGAGGAGGCGGGGUACUCCCCGACAGACGCGAACCCAAGAUCGUGA